AUGGUAAGCUCCGGUUUGUUUGUGGUUUCGGUCGAUAUGAACCACCAGGUCAACAGACAGAAACAUUUCACCACCCACUACUCGGUGGAGAACCUGGUGGUCCGCCGCGGCCAGCAGUGCCUCAUCAGCAUCACCUUCAACCGCCGGCUGGUGCCCACCGACAACUUCCACAUGGAGUUCCUGAUCGGCACAGACCCGUCAGAGACUAAGGGUUCCAGGGUGAUUGUGACGUUUGGUAACCGACCCGGCGGGCGGUGGGCCGGGGAAAUUCUGAACAUGCAGACUGAGACUGUCAUGUUGGGUAUCGUACCGUUGGCUGACGCCAUCGUGGGCAGGUACCGUUUCUACGUGGCCAUCAUGACCAGCCUCGGUAUCGGUUAUACCAAGAAGGACACGGCAACUGACAUUUACGUGCUGUGCAACGCCUGGUGCCCAGAGGACGUUGUGUAUCUUCAGGAUGAAGCUGAGCGUCAAGAGUAUGUUCUCAAUGACUAUGGCGUGAUGUUUCAGGGUUCCGUAGACAAUGUGUAUCCGAGCAGCUGGAUGUACGGACAGUUUGAGCGGGGCAUUCUGGACGCCUGUAUCUUCAUCCUGGACGCCUGCCAGAUGCCCAUCUUCAACCGCGGCAACAUCAUCACACUGGUCAGAAAAGCUUCAGCUGCGAUUAACUCUCUGGAUGAUAACGGCGUUUUGGUGGGAAACUGGAGUGAUGACUUUUCCAUGGGCACCGCCCCGACGCAGUGGACAGGAAGUGGAAAGAUCCUGUUGCAGUACAGCAGUACCGGCGUCCCGGUGUGUUACGGCCAGUGCUGGGUCUUUGCUGGAGUCUUCAACACCUUCCUGCGUUGCUUUGGCAUCCCGGCGAGGGUCAUCACCAACUUCAACUCCGCUCACGACAGCACAGGCAACCUGAUCACCGAACUUAUCUUCAAGGAGGACGGCUCGCCGGACAGAGAAAACACCAGGGACUCCAUCUGGAACUACCAUUGCUGGAACGAGGUUUUCAUGCAGCGCCGUGACCUGCCGACCGGUAUGGGAGGAUGGCAGGUGGUGGACGCCACGCCACAGGAGACCAGUGACGGAUAUUAUCGAUGUGGCCCGACUUCUGUCGCUGCAAUCAAGGAAGGUCUCCUGUACCACCCGUUCGAUGCUGGUUUCGUCUUCGCUGAGGUCAACAGUGAUGUGGUUUUCAAGAAGCGUGAUCAUUACGGGCAUCUGAUUACGUUCCGGGUCAACACAACCUACGUUGGAAAGCUUAUAUGUACCAAGGCUGUGGGCAGCGACAAUCUCAAUGACAUUACCCUAACCUACAAGUACCCUGAAGGAAGUCCAGAAAAUGACAGGACGAUGGCCCGAGCCGAGAGCUUUGACCUCCAGAGGGACCACUCCGAAAUCGAGGACCUCAAAGUGGUCGUCACCAUACAGAUGGAGCCGGCCCAGUUUGGUGAGGACAUAACCCUGAAUGUGGAUUUCCAUAAUCAAGCUGACACUCUCCAUGUGUUAGAUGGCACCCUGAUGGUAACAGGACUGUUAUACACUGGCAUUUCAAUUGAGGCUGUGAAGGAGGAGAAGCUGAACAUCACCAUGCAGCCUCAGCAGACGGUACAUGAGACCUUUCACGUCAGAUUUCAGGAUUACAUGGACAUCCUGCGUCCUCAGUUGUCCUUGUCUGUGACUGUGGCCGGACGCACUGAAGACCAGGUCAUCUGUGAGACCAAAGUGCUCAACCUGCCACCCCCCAGGCUGGAACUAAAGUUAAAAGCAAAGAUGAGUGUCAUAAAACACAAGUCUUAUGAAUGCAAACUGUCCAAACUGAGUCACAUUAACAGCUUUAUGGUAUAUAACUGCUUCAUCAAAGUAGUUUGCAGUCACUUCAGGGUGCAGAUGGCACCGUCCAGAACACUUACAUUUCCAUCAGGUUCAGUUUUUGGUCUGAGCAGUGACCACUUGAACUAG